CUCAGGUUUUUCUCUUCUCAAUCUACAUACGAAAUCAAUUCACAGAUCCGAGCCCAGACAUCUUCCGUCCACCCAAGACGCAUCUCCUCCACGGCUUUCCUUGACCGCCCGCCGCCGCCGCAUGCUUGACGCUGCGGCACUAGUCCCCCUCGCCUCGCCGUCGACCGCGCCGCGAGUGUCUCCCUCCAAGCCUCGCCUUCGACCGCCAGUGUCUCCACCCCUUGCCUCCAGUGUCUCCCUCCCUCCUCGCCGCCGCCGCCAUGAUCUCAACCCCUCGCCGCCGCCAAUGUCUCGACCACCAUCUUCCUCCACCAGACCUCCUCUUUUUCUCAAGGUAACUAUGCAGUGGCUGUGGAUGGGUUUGCCAUUAUUGUGGAUGCGGGAAAUUUUCUGUACCGUCCUAUUAAGUGGCGUCACUGGAGUGGUUCAGAAGAAGAUGAGGUGCCAUCAUCAUUGUGAAGAAAGUAAACUGUAUUCAUCAGAAUUAACAGAAGUCUACUCAAUCUUCAUCGGUCGUAAAAGAAAGAAGGCAUUGAAAAUUUUGGGCACGGUUGAGUUGUCUUCUGAAUACCAUAGUACUCAGCACUAUGUAUUCAAGAGUACUAGUAAUGAUGGGGUGGAAGUAGAAAAUUCACAGAAAGUUUACCAGUGAUGGGUGUGCAUAUGAGUUCUGUGUAUAUGACUUUUUACGCGUCUAGCAUGCUGGAUUUAAAGGUCAAUCUAGAAGAUGUCUUUGGGAAAUAGAGGUUUUGCUAUGAUUAUGGAACGGGAGGUGUAGGGCAGCCCGAGAUUUGUUGACACCUUUGAGAUUUGACACUAACACUUUAAUAUUUAGUGUUUUUACAAUAUUAUAAAUUAUGUUACAUUUG